AUGGCCCGUCAAAUCUUGAACGCGGAGGUAGCGGUGGGGAUAGCGAGGAAGAAGAAAAUCUCUUGGCUCCUGCACAUUGACGGGGACGAACUUUUCUUCACCCCGGCGCUGGAUGCGAGGCCUCACUUUGAAAUGCUCAGCUCGAAGAAGAACAUCUACCAGAUGCAGCAGCGGAAGCAGGAGCAGGAGCAGGAGCAGGAGCAGGAGCAGGAGCAGGAGCAGGAGCAGGAGAGCGUGUAUCCUGAGCUAUCCUGGCAGGCGGUAUACCUCAACAUGGAGGCGAUGGCGGAGGAGGAGGAGCCGUCGGAGCCAUUCUUUGAGAGCGUAACGCUCUUCAAGCGGAACCCUCACGUCUACGAGCAUGAUGAGGCGAGAAAGCUGAUCAGGACAUACAAGCAGUUCCAUGAUUAUCACUUCAUGGGCUACUCGGUAUAA